AUGAAUAUGGCCUUCCCAGAGUUUCUGAAAAAUGUUGUUGGACGCUAUCAAUCUUCUCCAAUCCCACUCACUCGGCCUCGUGUUACUUUAACAUUUGCUCAAUCUUUGGACGCGAAGAUAGCUGGGGCGGGCAGACGUCAACUUAUUCUCAGUGGGAAAGAAAGCAUGCUUAUGACACACUGGAUGAGGACUAUGCAUGAUGCCAUUCUUGUGGGGAUCGGAACGGCGAUAAAUGACGACCCGCAGCUCAACGUACGCCAUUUACCACCGCCAACAUCAACACCACAUCACCUACCCCGCCCCAUAAUUAUUGACACCCACCUUCGUCUGUCACCCACUUGCAAAUUGUUACGCAAUUUUCAAAAUGGCAUUGGGAGAAGGCCUUGGAUUCUCUGUGGAGAAAACUCAUUGUCAUCUCAGGGCCAUGACAUUGAUAAGCAAGCCAGAAUGAUUGCUCUCAUAGCUGCGGGGGCAAAGAUUUUGGAAGUUGCAGUAAUACCGUCCGAGGACAGGAAGACUGGAAUUGUAUCCAUUGCUAACGCCCUCAAAACUCUGAAGGACCAUGGGGUGCAAACGUUGAUGGUUGAAGGAGGGGCUCAGAUUAUCGCCUCUUUCUUAUCCGAAGCGGUCGUAGAUUCUCUGAUAAUCACUACUGCCCCAGUCCUUGUGGGAGAUGCAGGCGUAGGUUAUACUUAUCCUGCCAACAUGUCUGACAACGGAGAGAGUUUACCAAAGUAUAAAGAGGUACACACUGAGUUAUUUGGUAGAGACUUUGUAACGGCAUUGUUGUGUACCCCCACAAUGCUAUAG